CCGACGAAGAGCGAGGGAGGAGCAAAGAACCGAUCAAACGAAACUGGGAACGAAACGUGUCAAAUGCGUGCGUGGAGUGUGGGCUGCUGUAUUUGAUGCUUUGAAGUUUGCGCUGCUGCUCUCUCCUUCUUCCUUGUACAUCGAGCGAGCUCUCGUUGUUGUUUCUUGUUGGCAGUGGCAGCGGAGGAGGGUGGGAAGGGAAAGAGAGGAGAGGCGAGGCGAGAAGAGAGUUUAGACGAGGUAGCGAGACAGGGGAUCUGGAUUUCGGGGGUGAGUGUGGCGAUCCAGAGGGCAAUAACUCGCGACGACAUCAUGGUCAGAGAGGAGGGUGUAUGAGGGAGCUGGGUGGAGUGGAGUGGAGGGGAGGGAUCGAGGAGAGAGAUGACAGGAAUGAUUUGGUGUCGGGAAGAGGUGGUGGCGGGGCAGAGGAGUGAGUGGAUGUAGUCAUUGAGAAUUACGAGUGUGUGACGAGGGCGAAUUUCCUGAAAAUGCCCUCUUUGCACAAAUUCUUGAAGCUGAAGGCUGGCGUGCGAGCGACUGUGCAAUUAGAAGGCCAGGGGAAGGGACGGCUUUUUCUGCUACGUUCGAGCAAAAACGAUAAGUCUCCCGGGUGGCAGAAAGGUAAACAGUCGGUUUGCGCGCCGGGGAAGCCUGUAGAUUGUGAUCCUAAUACCUCUUCGACGCGGCCAUCGUUUGUCAAUUCUUUCGUCUCCGCCUUCUCGCCCGGUGCCGGACCUGCUGGGCCAUCAUCGGUGCCAUAUUCCGCGUCUACUCUUGACCUUAAGAAUGGGAAGAAGGAAAGAGGUUUGACGGCCACCGCGGCAAUUUCGAGGGUGAUUUCCACUCCGUCCGUGCACGGUCAAUUCCGACAGUCUUCUCAGCUUUUGAUCGACGGGAGCGAUUCGGACAAGAAUAGAGACUUGUCGGAGAAAGGCCUUUUUGUAGCACCGGGUAGAACAGCGAAGGAAGUACUUGGAAGAGUUAAAGAUGCCUUUACAAACGAGUCCGGCGAAAGAUUAUUUUCAAGGAGAAAUGACAAGGGCUCAUCGCGGAAUGCUCUUUCCUCCUUUAAGCAAGAGCUGUGGAAGGAGAGACGAUGGAGGGAUUUGUCAUUUGAGGCUAGGGACGAUCCCCUAGGUAAAGUCUCAUCUUUAGAAUGCAAGACCCUAAGUGACAGCAAUGGUGAAAGAGCUGAAUGUAGAGAGUAUGGAGUGAAAAGAGGGACUGCCCGCUCCGUAGUAAAUUCGGAAAGAGGGGCGGGCAACUAUUAUGGCGAUUACACCCUGGAAGUGGAGGAGACAGGGAAGCUGAAUGGAUUGACACAGCAGAAAGAUCAAGAGAAACCAGGAAAUAUCGGGUCAGGAAGACCACAAGCCUUGCUCAAUCGUGCUCCUGGAAUUAGCGUUCACAAUGGCAGCUCCAUUUUACCCCGCUUCGGCGAAGUGUUUAUAAGGGCGUUGCAUGACGUGAGUUUAGCAGGGGAUGGUUUGCCUUUGGAGCGGUUAUCUGACAAUGACACCCCCGAGCGGCAGUCUGAGCAAGCUGUAAGUGAUAGCAAAUCCCUGAAGCUCCUCUCCGGGGCGUGUAAUCUUCCGCACCCCGACAAAAUCAAAACUGGAGGAGAGGAUGCAUACUUCAUAUGCCCUGAUAAGCAGGUGGUCGGAGUGGCAGAUGGUGUUGGUGGUUGGGCGGAUCUAGGAAUCGAUGCCGGAGAGUAUGCCCGCGAGUUGAUGUCGCAAGCGAUGAUUGCCGUCAGAGAGGAGCCUCAAGGAUCCAUCGAUCCUGCGAGAGUGCUAGAGAAAGCUCAUUCUAUGACGAAAUGCAGAGGCUCCUCUACGGCUUGUAUACUUGCUUUGUCAGACUCUGUUUUGGAAGCGGCCAACUUGGGAGACAGUGGUUUUGUCAUUUUGAGAAAUUCUCGUACUCUUUUCAAGUCGCCUGCGCAGCAACACCAGUUCAAUAUUCCCUUCCAGCUGGAGAGUGGUGGGAGCGAUCCUCCUAGUGCCGCCGAGGUUUUCUCGAUCGAAGUAGCUGUGGGCGAUGUGAUUGUUGCAGGCACAGAUGGCCUGUUCGACAACUUGUAUGAUAGUGAGUUGACUACGGUGGUAGUACAAGCGGUCAGGUCGGGUAUGGGCCCUCAAGUGACCGCUCAAAAUGUGGCUGAUUUAGCAAGAACACGAGCUCAGGACAGGAACAGACAGACCCCCUUUUCGACUGCUGCCCAAGAUGCGGGAUACCGGUUCUACGGUGGUAAAAUGGACGACAUCACAGUUAUCGUGUCAUAUAUCACGAAUAGCAAGUCCAGCACAAGUGCAUCUUGAUCAUGUGUGGGCAGCUAUCGUUUCAGAGUCGUCUGGCUUGUGAUGCAGGUUGUUCAUGCUUUGUUUCAGCUGUAAUAUAUCUAGAAUCGAGGGACAUUCUUGGGUUGAGGAAAGAUUUGUACGUCUUGCCAGACCAUUCUCUUUUUCGCACUUUUCCGCUCUGGGGGCUUGUGUGAUGUUGUGGAGGAAAGGCCGGGAAUGAUCUUGAAUGUAAUUAUGUGUCAUGUCGGAGUAGUUUCAGUUAAAUAUCGCACUUCCGGGCGAACUUGGUAUACUCAUGAAGAAGAUUGGAUCAGUCCAGUUUCUACUCAGACCCUAGUGCUCCCAGUCUUAUUGAUGGACUUGGACGGAGUUUUUGUUUAAGGAUUAUGUGUAGAGGUUCAAGCGUCUGCCAUUGGAGGCCUUUUUGUCCGACCUCAGCGGUCUGCAAAACUUUUGAAGUGUUCUCCUUCAACCGAACGAUUCCAUAACUAUUGUAAUGUCCCUAAUAAAGUCGAAGUGGUAUAUCGCUGG